AUGGAAAUGAAUGAAUUCGACCGACCGGAAGGAGCCGAAGGGGGUGAGGACGAGACAGUUAUUGAUGAUAUACCUAUUAACGAGGAUGACUUUCUUUCAGGACUAGACGACGAUCAAAGACUAGACGAUGUAAAAACCUCCAGUUUCCGUGAGGAGAAUAAGGACGAUUCCUACAGAAAAUGGAAGAGGCAGUUAGACGAACUUAGCACAUAUGGAAAAUUUGAUGACAUAAAGAUAGAAUACGUCAGGAGGCUUUUCCAAACUGAGUACCGAAUAGAUCCGACCGACGGACGCAACUCUAAGGAAUUUAUCUCCAGUUUAGACAUCACUAAAACCAAGUUAACAUUUAACGGGGCUGAUGUUGCAUACAUUGAUACUGGUGGUACCUACAAAAUGUCUGAAAAUAAGAAGGCUACCGCAUCAUCAAGAAAAUUCCUUAAUCUAUACGAAAAAGCACUCACCGAACACAGGGAAAUAGCCAAAAGUGUAGUCGAAAAGGAGACCGAAGGAGAAGCAUCAGGAGUAAACACGGAAGAGAUUUUCGAAGACGCUGAGGAGGAAUUCCGCCAGGAAGUCAUCAACGCAGGCGACGACCUUGUGGAAUACGCAAGGGAGUUGGGGGAAAUGGGGAAAAUAACCACACAGGAGAGGAGGGAAUUUGUGAGAGUAACCGCUCCCAAAGUACCCCCCGAAGUCAGGAUUAAAGCCUUAAGGGAACAGAAGAAAGUAUUCGAAACCAAUAUAGAACUCGAAACAGAUCCCGAAAGACGACAGAUUAUUCAAGAGGGCAUGGAUGUUGCCGAACAGGGUAUAUAUAAAUAA